CACGCAAUUUUAACUUCUGGACCUUAAGCUUCUGAAAACAAAGGAUCCUGACGGACAAUAUAUUUUGAGUAAGCAUGCAGAAGAGUUUGGGUGUUUUUGCUCUAAAUGUCUAUUUCUGACUCCAGUGAUAUUGUAUCGAUAUUUUUAUGAUACAAUCUUUUCAGUGUGCUAUUAUGACCCCGCCCAUCAGCUACGAUAAAGCAGCAGUGGAAGAACUUGAUAUAAGGUUCUUCAUGCUUCACAUAACUAACUCACUCUUUGACUGAAUUUACUGCAGCACCGCAUACAAUGGGCAACGUGACGCAGGUUUGCUCGGCUGAAGACAUCGAUUCAUCCUACAACCCUCCAGUGAUCAUCAUAACUUUUGUCCUGGGAUUCAUUGGGAAUGCGACUGCUUUGUGGAUCUUCUGUUUUCAUGUAAAAUCCUGGACACCAAAUACCGUGUAUUCAUUGAACCUGGCGAUUGCGGACAGUAUGCUAAUUUGCUGUCUACCAUUUCGAGCCGAUUACUUUGUCCGUGAGAAGGACUGGGUUUAUGGUGAUGUUCCAUGUCGCCUGAAGGUAUUUAUGAUUUCCUUAAACCGGGUCGGCAGCAUCAUCUUCCUUAUGGUUAUAGCGAUCGAUCGCUAUUUUAAGGUGGUUCAUCCUCUCCAUAAAAUUAACAAAAUACCUACAAGGUGUGCGGUGAAGAUAGCAGGCGCCCUGUGGGUUGUUGCCGUGGCUAUUUGUUUGCACUUGUUGAUAGAAAGACAUGACUUCAAGCACAACAACGUGACAAACUGUGAACCCUUCAAGAUAAACCAUCGACUAGGUCCCACAGCAAUCUGGACAUAUACUGUUUUUAUUGUUUUCAAGUUUAUUUUACCAUUUUCAGUUAUAAUGUUUUCCACCUCCAGUAUCAUCUGGAGGUUAAAACAGAUGGAAACUGAAAUAAGGACUAAAUACAAACGAGCAGUGAAGCUUGUGAUCGCUGUGGCAACAGUUUUCGUACUUUGUUUCUUGCCCACCAAUGUUGCUGUAGUCGCGGUCUUAAUUACAAAGCUACGAAUUGCAACAGACUGCAGGUCAUACGUCACUGCAGUUGAUAUUUUCCAUAAUACGUUGUUCAUAACAUACUUCAACAGUGUGAUGGAUCCAGUUAUUUACUACUUUUCGAGUUCAGCGUUUAAAAAUGUUUUGAAGAAAUCUUUUCGUUGUCUUAAUGUAAGACAUUCCAGAUCAUCAAAAGAUGAAGAAAUGCCUCCAAGUGAUCCUAAAGGAGGAUUGGAUGUGGAUUGACAUCUGAGCUCAGUAAUCCCAAUUCUACCAUCCUCAAUCUAAUUCUAUGAACUAAAUGUGUAUUGUCAGAUUGUGUAAUUAACGGAUAGUGAAUAAGUGUACAAUUUUGGAAUAAUGCAAACUUGAAACAGUUUUAAUGUGGUAAUUAAUCUAAUGAAGAUAUGCUAAAAUAAACUGCAGUUUACAUUGUCAAAGUAUGGCAUUGAAAAGUAUCUCUUCAAAUUAUUUAAAGGAGGA